AACCAUCAUUCCGAACUGAACGCGAUAAAAAAAACAAAAAACGAAAUUACUUACAAUAAAUAAAUAAAUAUAUGAAAAAAUAAAAAAAAAUAUAUAAAUCGCAGUGUAUGUGUUUUUCUGUGUUUUAAAUUUGUUUUUGUAAAGUUUAUUCAGCAUUUUUUGCCGAGCCAAAUUUUGAUUACAGCACGUCGUUCACGUUGCAACAAACCUACAGACAGUUCAUUCAAUAAAACAACAAGAUUUGAAACAUCUACCCCGAAAAAGAAAAACAAUUAAAAACUGAAAGGAAUUAAGAAAACCAUUUGGAAAUUGUGUUCUUUUUCUCUCACUUGUGUGAUUUCAGUUUACCGACAACAAAAGAUACGAAAAUAAAUAUUUUUUUUACCGAAAUAGUAUAUCAAAGAACAUUGUUCAUACCAUUUGAAUGAAGAAAGCCGAGGUGAAACAUUUUAAACACUGAAGUAUUUCAAGAUUACGAUAAAGAUUUUUCUUGAUUUUAUUUGAACAUCUGUGAGAGUCAUCUACAAACAAACAUCACAAAAAUAGUCACUAUUUUGACCAGAGAAUUCUAAGAUAAAUAAAUACGAAAUCUUAUUUGGUUUUUAACGGUGACCUUCGGCACGGGGUAUUUGUAUCCUUGGAACAUUAAUCGAAUAAAUUGACAAAUAAAGAUGACUUCUUCCGUUAAAAAGGAUACCGGUUCAUUCUUUGCACACGGCAACUCCAAACAAUUUGACUAUGUAUUAAAACUGUAUCCGGAUGUGCUGAAACUUAAAGCACUCACGCGCUGCAAAAAACCUGAAGAACUUAUAAGAUUAGAUGAUUGGUAUCAAAAUGAACUGCCCGAAAGGAUAAAGCAACGUGGCAAAAAUGCGCAUCUGGUUCAUGAGGAAUUAGUACAGGCAAUGAAAUGGAAACAAUCGCGUGGCAAAUUCUAUCCGCAACUUUCUUAUUUGAUUAAAGUAAAUACACCGCGCGCCGUUAUGCAGGAAACCAAAAAAGCAUUUCGUAAAUUACCAAAUCUAGAACAAGCCCUAACAGCGCUUUCAAAUUUAAAGGGAGUCGGUAUCACAAUGGCAUCCGCUCUUUUAGCGGCUGCUGCUCCCGAUAGCGCACCAUUUAUGGCUGAUGAAUGUUUGAUGGCUAUACCAGAAAUCGAUAGCAUAGAUUAUACAACAAAAGAAUACUUGAAAUUUGUGCAACAUAUUCAAGCUGCCGUAGCUCGAUUGAAUUCUGAGAAGGACAACAAUAAUUCACAGUGGACAGCGCAUCAAGUUGAAUUGGCUCUGUGGACACAUUUUGUUGCCGUGCAAUUAAAGCCGGAACUACUCGAUCGAAUUCCAGUAUCAAAUUCAAUCAAUAGUGGAUCAACUGAACUGGAGACAACUGCAACUGGCAACGAUGAAGAUGAUGCGAUCAACAUAGCUACGGGCGAUGAUGCGGAAAUAACGGCCGAUGAAAAUAGUACCGAUAUGGUGAGCUCUUCGAAAGAUGAAGACGAAACAACAACCGACGGUGAAUUGAAAUCGGAACAAAAUUGUAUCUCAGCAGCCAGCACAGAUGAUAGCACAGUGUUGACAACAUUGGGUGGCAGUAGCCAAGAUAGUGUUACUCAGUUGAAUGGAAGCAACACUGUUACGUCGACAACCACUCAACAAUCGGAUGAGAAUAGCCGAUUUGCACAUUUCGAACACUCCAAUGAAGAAUUGGUUCAAGUUGUAUCAGCAAAUGGCAACAAUAAAAAUGGAGUGAAUAAUGUGAUUGACGAUAGCUCACGAUCUGAUGAUAGCAGCUCGGAGAAACCAGUUACUCCCAACGAGGAUAGUGAUUCACAAGCAAGCAGCAAUAAAAGAUCGUUAGACUGUGAAUGUUCUGAAUCACAAAUAGCCGCUACCGAAGCUAGUGAACCAGGAACAAAGAAAUGUAAAAUUACAGAGGAAUGAAAUUUAUUUUAUAUUUAGUUCUAUUUUUGCAUUAACGUCUAAUAUACACCAUGAAUAUAUAAAUAUUUUUUUUCUGUUUGAUGUCGCGUAACGUCCGUCGCACCUUUUUAAACUUAAUUUAAACAAACCAGCAAACAAAUGAAAACAAAAUACCUACACUAGAUAUAGUGCGAAUGCGAAAUACAUUUACAAAAAUUAGAAGAAGAAAAAAAAUCACUCAACAAAAAAACUCACGUACAUUGAUUCAAAUUGAAGCACUCAUAAUCAUCACUUAAAAAUGUGUCGCCUCAUUAAAUCAUAUAUGUUUGAUUCAAUUUGUUUUAAAAAAAUGCUAAGGCAUAUUAGAAAAUGAAACAUAAGUGAAAGAAACAUAUAUACACAUACAUUUUAUUGACGAACAUAUUAAGUUAUUUGAAAGGUUAACUGCUUCCAUCUCAUUGAAAAAUUAAUUCGGCAAAUUUUGAAAAGAUAUGACAAAUCCAUAGAGUCGAAAUUAGGAAGGUGAUUUCUCAUCAUUCUCAUUUCUGUGCAUAGCUAAUUUAAAUUUUGACAACACAAAAUCGCCACUUAACAACACGAAUUUUAAUUUGACCCAACACCCGGCACAUACGUACCAAAACAACACACUGAAUGAAAAACGCGAUAGAAAAAAAUAAAUAAAAACAAAAAAAAUCAAAUAUAUAAGCCAUUUUCACCCAUACGCAACAGAGAGACAUAAAAAAAGAGAAAAUAAAUUUUGUGGAAUGCAGAAAUUUUUUUUAGUAAAAAAUGGAUUGUAAAUUUUAUAUUCAAUAUCAAAAUAUAUUUUUGUGGAGAAGAAUUAAAACAAUGACUUCCCGUCAUUUGAAUAAAUCAAGUAAAUGAGAAAUAGUUUCAUAAAUAACCCAAUUGAUGUGCACAUGUUGAAAAAAGAUAACAAUUGGCUAUAUUUAGAUUGAAUCAUUAAUUUGAUACGAAGCGUUAAAUAUAAUAUUUAGAAUCAUAAUAAAAAUUAAGGAUGUACUGAAAAUGUAUGAAAUGAUUCGACUGAUGAAUAGUUAGCAAGGAGGCUGAAAUGUGCAGAACAAAAAAAAAAAAACAAAACAAAAAACAAAAUUAUUUUGUGGACAA